AUGACAGAAUUAGAAGAGAAAUUGCUCGUGACAAGCAGCUAUGGUUAUGUUAAUGUUGACCAAGGUGUCAAGAUUUGGUAUCGUAGCGCUGGCAAAUUAGGGGCCCCAACGAUUUUAUUAUUGCAUGGCUUCCCUACUUCGUCCAAUAUGUUCAGGAACUUGAUUCCACUGUUGGCUUCAAAGUUUCGUGUGAUCGCUCCUGAUAUUCCAGGUUUUGGGUUCACUGAGUAUCCGGCAAAUUAUGAAUUUACCUUUGAAAAUUUGACGAGUUCCAUUGAGCAAUUCUUGGAGGCACUGAGAAUUUCAAAAUUCUCAAUUUAUGUCUUUGAUUAUGGUUCGCCAAUUGGCUUUCGCUUGGCUCUCAGGAAGCCCUCAUCUAUUACUGGUCUCGUUGCUCAAAACGGGAAUGCUUAUGAGGUGGGCCUCGACGAUAGGUUUUGGGCGCCCAUAAAGGAAUAUUGGAAGCAUAAUCAAGAAGACCCAAAAUAUAUUCAGGCCUUCACUGAAUACCUCCAAGAUGAAAAAAAUGUCGUAACCCAAUAUGUGGGCGGUGUCAGUGAUCCAAGUUCUGUUGACCCAACGAACUAUACAUUGGACUACGCUCUGCUCAAGCGCCCUAAUCAGGAAGCCAUUCAAAUCAAGCUCUUCCACGACUAUAGGACGAACGUUGAACUCUAUCCCGAGUUUCAGCGCUUUUUGAGAAACGCCGACAUUCCAGUCUUGGUCACCUGGGGAAAAAAUGAUACCAUCUUUACGGUGGAGGGAGCAGAAUCAUACCGAGCUGACGCAAAGAGGUUGAAAAUUGUUUACUACCAAACUGGCCACUUUGCGUUGGAAACUCAUGUAGCUCAAAUUGCAGAUGAAAUCACAACCCAUAUCUUUCAGAAUAUCGCUCAUUAG